AUGAAGAACUUGCUGCAACUUUCGGUGGUCCUACUGGCAGUGGUGCUCACGUUCUUCACAUGGUACACGACGCUGAUGCCUCAUUGGCUAACGCAGUCCGGCGAGCGGAACGAGACCGUCUACUACGCGCAAGGAAUGGGUCUGUGGCUCAAUUAUACGGAACAUGUUGGUGAUCCUGCCUUUGAUCCUGGCAAUUCUCUAUGGGUUCCACCUCAAGAGAGUGGGACGGAUACGUAUACUAGCCAAUGCGCGACGCAGCAGUCUUUUUGUGCAAAGACAGCGGGGGAGUUGCACCGACAAUAUUGCCAAGUGAUGGAGGUGUAUUGUGGCCCAGCCAUAACUUUGUUGCAAUUGUUGCUGUCGAUCAUGGCUGGAGUCGCUGUGGUAGUCGUGAUCUGGUCCAUUCAUCUGAUCACGACAACGCACUGCACGAUUGUAGACUCCCAUCUUGUCCAUUUGUGUGUUUUCCAAGGUGUCGGUUGUUUGGCAGCAGUGAUCGUCUGGUACUUGUUCGUGUUUCGACUCGUCAUCAACUCGACGUUCUACCAAGACCAGUAUAAUCGAUGUUCGCAGAACGACACCGGACGAAAUUGUUGGCAGAUUGGACUCUGUGUCUAUUUCGUGAUUGCUGGGGGUGUUUCGUAUCCGAUCCUUGCGGUGCUCGUGCUUUCACAUGUGUCCAACAAGUUCCGACAAUUUCAGCACUUACUAAGUCGGAUGUAUGAGACAGCAGUAGUGGUGGAAGCAGCACCUCCGGUCGUGAACAUGAAGUCACAAGUGCUAGCAAGCAGACACAAGGAGGAGACAAAGACGGUUGAGGUUGUACUGGGAGCAAAAAAGUUGGCCAAGGCAACGAAACUAGCACCGCUGAAGCAGCAGCAUUCGUCAGUUAUGAUCUCGCUAGGUACUUCAGAGGAAGAAAGCAAAGAACAGGAUACGAAAGAUGGAGAAUCUGACACGAAGCAGCACGCCGAGAUGUAA